CUGUCAGUGUCAGUUGGCUCGCCGCGGCGAUUCGAGGUAUCGUUCACGCGUAGACUCGGCUUUCUGUCCGACAGUUCUCCUUCGCGCUCCGUCGAUUGACAGUAAAUUCGUAUCGUCCACCCCGAAUUCAAACCAUUGUGUGUUUACAUCCGUGCCGCGAGGGCAAACGUUUAGUUACGUAGGGGUGCUUUAAUACGAGGAUCGGGAAUCGAUCAGGAGCAGGAACUGCGAUUUUAAUCCGUUUCCCUAUUACUCGUUUCUCCCGUCUGCCCGUCAACGACGACGGGCAGCGUUUCUAUCCCUCUUCUCGGUGAUCCGAGCUACUCGUAAACACAGACCUGGUGACGAUCCACAAGUGCGCGUGACCGGGUCGUAAGAAAACUCGAGUUCUCAGCUACCAUUCGUGACGAUUUUACUGUUGCGUAUCGCGAUAUCGGUACGUCGUCGCCGGUCGUAAACUUCACGUGUCAGUGCCGGGCGACGGGGUCAUAUAUGCAAGUAAAUCGCAAUCGCGACUGAGUGGACAGGAGAGACGAGUCCCUCGAUAUCAACGGAUACAUGUAACCGUGCAUCGACGUCGGUGAGCAUCAGUGAGGCGUACUGUGUCACCGCGUCCCCGACGACAAGCUCGGAGAGGCUCAUUACAAGACUGUGGCUCCCUGGAGAUUGGCGAGGAACGCCAGCGUCGGGUCGCUAUGAUGGAGUCCCUGUGCCAGGUGAACGGCACCAAGAGCAAUGGCGGCAACGAGAACAGCUCCUCUACCAACAACAACAAUAAUAACAACAGUAACAGUAACAGUAACAGCAACAAUUCAGAUUAGCCGGAUCCCCAGCAGAGGUUGGCGGUGCUCAGCUUCGAGCAGGUCAGACGAUUGAACGACGUGAUGAACGAGGUGGUCUGCAUCCACGGCCGCGGCAACUUCCCGACCCUCGAGGUCCGACUCAGGGACCUGGUGACCGUGGUCCGCAGCAAACUGGAAUCCGACCCGAGCAACGGCGGCGCCGGAAUGAGGGUGCGCGACAUCAGGCUGAACGGAGGCGCCGCGUCCCACGUCCUGGCAACAGAGUCGCAGCCGUACAACGACCUGGACCUGAUCUUCGCCGUGGAGCUGUCCAGCGGCCGGAACUAUGACAAGGUGAAGGCCGCCGUCCUCGGCUCACUGUUCGACCUGCUGCCGGAAGGUGUCAGCCGCAAGCGCAUAACCACCUGCAGCCUGAAGGAGGCGUACGUCAGCAAGAUGGUGAAAGUGAACAACGACGGGGACCGGUGGUCCCUGAUCUCCCUCGGGAACUCGCGGGGUCACAGGAAUGUCGAGCUCAAGUUCGUCGACUCGAUGAGGCGGCAGUUCGAGUUCUCGGUCGACUCGUUCCAGAUCGUGCUCGACUCCCUCCUGCUGUUCUACGAGUGCAGCAAGCUGCCGAUCGGCGAGAACUUCUACCCGACUGUGGUCGGCGAGUCGGUAUACGGCGACUUCCAGGAGGCGUUGUAUCAUCUUCACAAGAAGCUGAUCUCCACGAGGCAUCCAGAGGAGAUACGCGGCGGCGGACUCCUGAAAUACUGCAACCUCCUGGUGAAGAUGUACAAGCCGUCGCAGCCGGACUACAUCAAGACCCUCGAGCGGUACAUGUGCUCGAGAUUCUUCAUCGACUUCCCAGACAUCAGCCAGCAACGGGCCAAGCUUGAGAACUACCUGUGGAACCAUUUCGUCGGCCCCGAGGAGGAGGCCCUCAAGUACCAGUACCUGAUGCUACUCCAUAGCGUGGUGGAGGAAUCCACCGUCUGCCUAAUGGGCCACGAGAGACGACAGACCCUGGCCCUGAUCGAGAACCUCGCCUACCAGGUCUACUGUCAAGAGCAGCAGCAACGGCUGACGAAUCAUCAACAGCCGCCGCCUGGGCCGCAGGCCACCUACGUUUACGCGAAUGGUUACGCGAACGGCUACUAUUACGCUUCGGUAAUACCUACCGCGUGCUACACGUGCACAUGCAACUCGUGGAUGGCGUGCUCGUCGUGAUGCGACCUCGAGGACAACGCCGUCGUCGCCACUGGCAGCGCCAUCGCCACCGCCGCGACCACAACCGCGACCACCACCGGCACGAUCACCAGAGACCAGGACGCCUGUGACUACUCCGCGACCGUCACCGACGACGGGACCACGAACACGAUUGUGCUCGCUGAUGAGGAUCGUCCAGGUCCUCGCUCCCUCGAAGGGCUCGAGCGCGAGACAUGCGAAUCGUCAACGAUUCUUCUCUGCGAGUCGACGAAGCGUCUGGUCCUCAGUUGACGCUUGGACUCGCCUCGAACAUCACCGCGCGACCGAUUCAAUGUGUGACGUAGACGAUUAGCUCGUCGGAAAGAAAUAAAAGAACGGUCACGUUGUCGCGGCCAACCCGGUGACGGGACGUGCUUAACGGCGUUAAUAACGGCUCGGUGACAGUGGGACAGGUUGGAGGAAGACUGAAGAGGCCAGGGGAAGAGGUCUGAACGUUGGGACCCGGGACAAUCGUAUUAUCGUAUUUCGCACUGCGCGUUUCCGAGGUCCCGGUGUCUCUCUCUCUCUCUGUUUCUCCUGGACGCGUUUAUCCAGCUGCGGUGGGACGAUCAGUUGUCGCUCGUGGAGAACCAAAAAACGAUAAGGCGGGAUAGAACGAUGGUACUUGCUGCAACACUGUCGUAGGGGAUCAACAGAGAGACUACAAGACUCCAAUCAAUGUAAAACGUAAAAACAAAAAUGAUGAAUUAAUAUUGAAACAAAGCGAAGCGAGUAGAUACGAAGUAACAAACAAAAAUAUAAUGUGUUGUGCCUAACGAACGUUAAAAGGUGAGGAGAAACAAAGAAAUGAAAAAAAAAGAUUUACGAAAACGCGUGCGCACGCGGUAGAAGGUAUGCGUCGAGUCGCGUAGUUGUGGCACAGUCGUUUGUCCGGUGCGCGUCGUCGAUUAAAACGAGAGACGAACGCGCGCGACUCGCACACGGUGGCGCGGGAUAUUCGGAGACUGUGCGCGCGUCGCGGUCGGUGCGCUAAAGUGAUUCCGAGCAGAAGCGGAAGAACAGGUUCACGGGGCGGAAGAACGACGACGAAACGGGUCGAACAGCCGAGACAGAAAGGAAACAUCGCAUCGAGGAGACGAGGCGACGAGGGAAAGAAAAAGGAAGGGACUUUUCGCCUGUGGGAUACAAUUAGAAAAUUAGAAAAUUAAAAAAAAAAAAAAAUAUGUGGA